UAAUGUCUAUUUUUUAUUCGAACCAUAUUCAGAUUCUUUUAUAUUAUCCAAAUAUAUUAAAAUGAUAUUAAUUAUCCAAAUCUUUCGUAUGCAUCAAAAUAUUAGCCAUUUUUACGUUAUCGUUAAUAAUUUUGUAACUCUUUUCUUAGUUAAAAUACUAAAAUUUUACAAUGUUGACCUUCAUGUGUCUCUUCCAAGUCAGUAUCAUGUUGCCAAGUCAAUAUUACCAACAAAAUUGUCAAUUGAAAGUUAACAUUUGGCUAAUUCUUAGUAUUUCGAUAAGUUUGGAUAAUAUAAAAGAAUCUGAAAAAGGUUUGGAUAAAAAAUAGAUAUUAUCCUAAUUAAUAAAAAGAAUAUUCUUGAGAUAAUUCGAGUUAAUUAUCUCAACAGAACGCGUUUUAAUUAUGAGAGUAAUUAUCUUCCUAAUAAAACGUGACUUAUUCCACAUAAAUAGAGCACUCCCAAGAUCCUCUAAAUAGAAUCAGAGAGCAUAAAGAUGAGAGAGAGUGUAUUCCGAGAGCUCUGGUUUUCGCACAAAACCUUCAAGCACCUAGACAAGCUGUUUUAUCUUAGAGGCUACCGGUUGAUAGUCUGUCGUGCGCAAUGAGAGCAGUGUCACGAACAUCUUAAAGAGAACGACCUAGUCUGCGACUCAGCUCCAAAUAGAUAAACCUAAUUUUCUUGUUAGGUUUCUAACAAGACCGACAGGAUGGAGUUCGUCAAUAGUUUGGAGGGUGGCGGCAUCUCGGUGAAGGUUGUGCGGGACUUGAAGGAAGAUGAGGCGGUGGCGGCGAUACCGAAGGCAGCAUGCCUCACCAUCAAGAACAGCCAAGCUUGCGAGUUGAUUGAGUCGAUGGAUUUAGGAGGGAUUUUGGGGCUUUCUGUGGCUCUGAUGUAUGAGAAGGGCUUGGGGGAAUCCUCACCCUUGGCUGGGUACCUUCAGCUAUUGACGGAAAGCGAGUGCGUCCAUUUGCUCUGGAAACUAGACGAAGUCGAUCGGUUUCUCCAGGAUACAGAGCUUCAUAAGGUGAAACUACUAUGAUUUUUUCUUUUUUACAAUCAGGAGUUGAAAUUGUCCGAACUACCAAAGCUUCGCAUUAUCACAUUAUGUUCUGUGAUUGCUUCUGAUGACAAUGCCAAUCUGAUUUCUUGUCAGGGACUCCCAAGAACAUAAUUACUUUUCGAGAAAUCUCCUCCAAUACAUUGGUAUGGCUAUCAAAAUUGUGAGCAUCAUCAUGUAGAUUUCAUAUCCAAGUAGUAGUAUAAGGUCCUUUAACUAUUAUUUUUGAGAAAUGACCAGGUCUUGCCCAUUCCCCAAAAGAAGUUUUGACGGGAUCCCUAUCUAGCAAAAUUUUGACUUCUGGAGGCCUCCUCUUUCUGGACACAUAAAGUACAUUACAUAGUUCAUUUUUAGGGAUUGGCGACUUACUCAUUCACAGAGAUUUGUUGGCAUUCUAGCCUUACUUCUUCGUUCAUGGCCUAUUCGAAAGAGAAUCCAGUACUUCUGAGUCGUGAAUAGAUUUUUCAUUUCUCGCAUAUUUGUAUUUAUAACUUCUUCAAAAGUUUCUUUUAAAGUUGCAAUAGUGGAACUCUCUUCCAAAUAAAUGUAACCAUUCGCUAUCCCCAGAUACCUAUAUCAUACAGCAACUAAACCAGCCACUACAGCUGUAACUGUUGCAACCGGUGGCUUUACCCUUUUCGAAUGAUAUCUGUCGACAAAAGGAACACCCUAAGAUGUUAAUCUCAUGGCUAUUGAGAACGAUCAAAUCAGAUGGCUCUAUUUCUCAAUCUUGCUGACUUGUUCCUACGAAACCAAGAGGCCAAAAAAGAUUGAGAAAAAUCGGUCAUUCACAAACAUUGAUGAAAAAUCCUCGAAAAGUUAAGGAUUAGCGAAGAUAAUUGUCAAUGCAACUAUUGAUGUAAUUAUUCCAUUUAGUAUCAUAUAGAGAAUGAUCAUCGUCAUAGUUAAGGGCCAAGACCCUGUCGAUCAAGAAAUUAAUGAGACUUGUGAAGUACAACAAUUAUUAGAAAAUAAUGGAGUUCAUGUGAUAUUUUAGUAGGUAAAUUAACGCUUCUAAUCGUGAAAGAAUCAUUGUAUGCCUUGGGAGAUAUAUUAUUACGAGCUAUCCUUGGAAUUCAAGUAUCUACUUCAAAGGAAACCUGCCUAAACUACCUAUACGUGGUAGGGAUGGAGUUAUUGAUGUGAGACGGAUCGAGAAGCGAGGGGUUCCAGCUAUAAAUCCAAAAAUGACUUGUGUAUAUAUACUUACAAAGAUGUGAUAUCAAAGUUGGCGAUAAAGUAGUUGGAAGAAGCCUAGAAUUCCAUAUUUUUUCUGGGCUUGGAAACACUGAUUUUCAAGAAAUUGAAUAUUAUGAUAUGUUGAGAAUUGCUUAUGAUAAGCAUCCACGUCUGAAACGUAUCUUAAUGCCGGAAAGAUGGAUAGGGUGGCCUUUGUGUAGGGAUUAUAUUGCCCCCCGAAUUUUUAUGAAAUACAACAUGCUCGUUGAAAUUCAAUCUCCACUCAGUUAGUUAAGAGGAAUCAUGAAAAUAAGAGGUUCAAAAUCUCGAUCAAUUCCUUUUUCAAAUCCUGUUGCGGCUGCUCGUGCUCUUCCCGCAUGCCAUAAAUGACCCCCACCCCCACGAUCAAAUCUAUGGAAACAUUGGUUUAUACAUUCCUCAUAAUUACCCCAAGGAUUAAUCUUGGCAUGAAUUGAUAAGGAUCCAAUAAGUCCAACAUUGAUUCCUUCAGAUAUGUCAAUUGGGCAAAUGUGUCAAUUGGGCAAAUGCUCUAUAGUGACUAGGGUAGAUAUCUCAUAUGUGAAAAUUGGCAGUUCGUCCGUCAAUCCCCCCGGAUCCAAAUAACUCAAUUUUCUCCGAUCGACCCGAGACAAAGAGAAGGGUCUAUCUAUUUUAAUAAGCCAAUACCAAUGAU